ACGUACACACACUGAGAACGCACAGUUGCCGCCGUGAGAGCACGGCACGCCGCACACUCCCACGCAUCCGCACCUGGACUCCACGAUGGCGGCAACCCGAAGCGCGGUCAUCUCCGCUGCCACCAUCGUUGCGCCGCCCGGCUUUGGCAGGCGCCGUCUUGCCCCCUGCCUUGCGGCGCCUGCACGAGGCGCAUCAGGAGUCGCCGCGUCCGCCUCCGCCUCCGGGAAGGUGCCCCCGCGCUCUGCCCUGCAUGCCAGCGCCUCCCCCUCCUCCACCACCGGGGCGCCCGACUCCGACGAGGCCGCUGCGGAAUCUUUGGUGGAAGCGGAGCUGAGCAAACUCGCCUGCCCAAUCUGCUAUUACCCGCUCGUAAGCUCGAUAGAUCAUCAGUCAGCGCCAUCCAAAUCCGAUUCUAGCCUUGAAUGUUCUACUUGCAAGAAAUUGUACUCUAAGGAUGAUUACUGGGAUCUGACUGUGGCAGUUGGUUCUACUGAGUACUCGGAGACCAUGCCUGCUGCAACUGAGCUUUUCAGGACUCAACUGGUAUCAUUUCUUUAUGAGAGAGGAUGGCGCCAAAAUUUCAUGUGGGGUGGUUUCCCAGGCUUAGAGAAAGAGUUUGAGAUGGCUAAGGAUUAUUUGAAGCCAAAAAGUGGAGGGAUUAUAAUUGAUGCAAGCUGUGGAAGUGGGUUAUUUUCAAGAUUAUUUGUUAAAAGCGAACUAUAUUGCCUUGUUGUGGCACUAGAUUUCUCAGAGAAUAUGUUGAAGCAAUGCAAGGAAUUCAUCAAGCAGGAAAACAUUUCAGACGAACGAUUAGUAUUGGUGAGAGCUGAUAUAUCCAGACUCCCUUUUGUGAGUGGCUCAAUUGAUGCUCUGCAUGCAGGUGCUGCAAUUCAUUGUUGGCCAUCCCCAGCUUGUGCUGUUGCAGAAAUCAGUCGAGUCCUCCGCCCUGGGGGUGUUUUUGUUGGUUCUACUUUCAUAGCAGAUGUUCUUCCACCAGUAAUCCCAUUACUGAGGAUUGGACGCCCGUACAUUGAUCAAAUCACAGGCAAUAAUACCUUCUUAUCAGAGCUGGAGCUUGAAGAUCUUUGUAGUGCAUGUGGGCUGGUUAAUUUUACAUUUGUCAGAAAUGGAUUCUAUAUAAUGUUCUCUGCUACUAAAGCAAGCUAGUUAAAUAACUGAAGAAUCACCUGAAGCAUUAUCACAUAGCUCCUUGAUUAUGCAUUGUUCCUCAUGGGCCAACCUUUCUGUCAGCACUGAUAGUUUUGCUCAAGGUAUGUGCGAUAUGAAUAAUGAAAGCGUACAUUUUACUUCACUGACGUCAUAGUGAGAUUGCUCAUAGCAAUUAUUUAUGUAAAAGUUCAAGAAAAAAGUCUUCAUGUAAAGCAGUGGAGGUCCUUAAACCUGUAACUUUUUGUGCGUUCUCAUAUUGAUUUGAUUCAACAGCGUUGAUCGCCUAGCA